ACACAUGUCUAAUUAAAGUAUUGAUUAUUUCAGGUAGCAACAAUGGCAGUUGUUAAAAAUCUGCUUUUGGAAACUCUGAAUGAUUUGAAAAACGAGGAUCUUCAGAAUUUCAAGCAGACCCUGGAUUUAAUUGUCGACAAGAAGAAGCCAAGAUAUUUUCCAUUGAUUUGGAGUCCCUCAGCAGGCAGAGCACAAACAGUGGAACAGAUGAUGGAGAUCUUCGGCCAACAGUGUCUCGAGAUAACCGUGGAGGUUUUGAAGGACAUUAACAGGACUGAUCUGAGGCAGAGGUUGACAAAGCCCUGCUUCGAACUCAAAGAGAUGUACUCUGUGGAUGAACAUCGACCUGCACAGUCCGAGGGAGCUCAAAUUGCAGCAGUGAAACCAAUCCUUUUUAAAGCUCUUGUGUUUAUGAGUGACGAUGAGCUGCACAGAUUUCAGUGGUAUCUGCAGUUCACGUACUUCCAGAAGAGAAUAUCCUGCAUCUUUCAUGGAUAUUCAAAUUGGGCAGAAAGUGCACUCCAGCUAGUGGAUCAGAUGGUGGAGACCUGUGGUCCGCAGUCUGUGGAGGUGACCAGGGAGGUUUUAAUGGACCUGGACAGAACUGAUCUAGUGGAGAGAUUAUCAAAGCCUAUCUUAAGACCCAAAGCGCUGGAGCACUUGAGGUUCGAGACCCUGAAAGGUUCUCGAACCAGCCACCUCCGAGCCCACCUGCAGCCCUUAGGGGUGGAGUACUCAAAAUCCAAGGGCUCUCCCAUCGACCUACUUCAUCAUCAAGCUACCUCAUCGUUACUCGGCCCACCUCCCAAGCGCCUAAAGUCCUCCUCCAUGAGAUUCCCCUACCUGGGCAGCUCCCUGCUGGCUCUGCAGCCCA